AUGCGACAAAGGCUGCCGCCAAGGCAGCGAAGAAGGCCAAGGCCACACAAAAGAUCGAGCGAAAGGAGAAGAGGAAACAGAACAAGACCAAAGCCGAGGACGACGACGCCGACGACGACGAUCUCGAAGGAAUACUAGACAAGUAGAUGCGGAGAGACUGGGAGGCGGCACAUACCGUCAGCGAGGAGCUCGUGGAAGGACCGCCGAGCAGAAGAGUGAAUGCGACGCUUACCCCCUGUCCGAUUGGACCUCAUCUAUGGUGCAUCGGGGGCGAGUUCUUCUCUGAGGACGGUAAAGCGCAUUUCUACAAAGACGUCUUCAGAUACACUCCGGAGAAGGAUGAAUGGCGCAAAUUCGUAUCUCCCACCUGUCCUGAUCCCCGCUCUGCACACGCUGUCGCAGCUAGCCCCGCCGGCGGCGGGAAGUUGUAUCUCUUCGGUGGCGAAUACUCGUCAUUGUACCAGAACACGUUUCACCAUUACCGCGACUUCUGGUGUUUCGAUAUCUCUAGCCACGUUUGGGACCGUAUCGAUACCAAGGUUCGGCCAUCCGCACGUUCGGGUCAUCGGAUGGCAAUGUGGAAGCAGUACAUCUUCCUGUUCGGAGGUUUCUAUGAUCCAGGAAUCACGACACGCUACCUCGAUGACUUGUGGGUUUUCGACACCCAGUACUACCGUUGGCAUCACGUCGAAUUCAAGGAGAAUGACCGCCGCCCUUCCCCACGCAGCGGAUUCUCGUUCCUGCCAGCCGCGGACGGGAUUUUGCUUCACGGCGGGUAUUGCAAGGAAUACGCCAAAGGGAAGCGCCCCAUUGGUGUCAUGCUCGAUGACACCUGGUUUCUCCGUAUCACCGCCUCAAGCACAGACGACUCUGCCUCGUCGACUCCUUCCACAUCCCCAAGACCGUCUAAGAAGGCGAAUGAUGCACUACCGCUUUUACUGAAAUGGGAGCGACGGAAGCGACCUUCGACUGCGUACGCUCCUUCGCUCCGCUCAGGCUGCACCAUGGCACUGUGGCCCGCAAAGGGCAUGGGUGUUCUAUUCGGAGGCGUGACCGACGAGGACACGAGCGAAGAAACACUGGAGAGCACUUUCCAUAAUGAUCUCUACGGAUAUCAGAUCGCGGGAAAUGGACGUUGGGUAUCAAUGACCCUCAAGAAGCCUAAAGAGAAAGGGAAAGGGGCGAAGAAGAAGCAAUCAAAGCGAAUGCACGAACAGGCGGAUCGUGAGGAUGUCAGUGAUCGGGAAGGCGGCAGCGACGAGGAUAUCACCAGAACGGAUACUAAAAUCGCGAUCAAACUCCCUGAGUCGAGGCCGGAGCCACAAGGCGUCUCGGACGACCCCACCUCAACAAUACCCCUUCCGCGAUAUAAUGCCAUGUUGGCCGUCCUGCGCAACAAUUUAUAUAUAUACGGCGGCAUAUUCGAAAGUCGUCGAAGAGAAUACACGUUGGACGACUUUUAUACCAUCGCCCUCGACAAGAUGGAUCGAUACAUAUGUCUAAAAGAAAGUGGGAUUCACAUACCAAAAGAAGAAGAGGAGGAGAGCAGUAGCGAGGAAGGGGAUGACGAGAGCGACGACGACAGCGAAGUCAGCCCCGACGGUGAGCAUCGAGAAAGCAGCGAUACGGAAGACGAGCGGGAGAUGGAAAGCGUGCGUGAGGAUGAGCAAGAAUUCGCGACGGGCAUUGUUCUGGCAUCUGCGCACGAGACUGAAGAUACGGUGGUCGAUAACGAAGACACGCUGAGAGCACGAGCGACCGUCUUCAUGGGUGUUUCCCGAGAUACGACACGUUCGGCGGAGGAUGCGAUUAGCACGCCUCUGCCUGGAGAGACACUAGCCAUGUUCUAUGCUCGAUCCCGUGAUUACUGGGCUGGAAAGGCGUAUGGAUCAAGCGACAAUCGUGGCAAGUUGCUGCGUCGCGAUGGUUUUACCCUAGCAGAGGAGAGAUAUUCCGAAUAUAAACCAUUGCUGGCAGAAAUCGAAAGGAUCCUAGCUGACGCUGGGCUAGAUGAGGAGGAGAUCAAGCAAAGCGCCGCUUCCGGACCUACUGGAGCAAUGGGGCAGAGCCGAAAUCGCCGGUAGUGUAGGCUUCCCCGGUUGCACGAGGAGUGGGGAGAUACUAUAGCGUGAUGCUUUGUUGACCAUGAUCUCGAAUUCACUCUUCCUCAUCCACCGAGGGUUAGGGACGACUUCUGAAGGGUAUAUAUGCAGAAAC